AUGGCUGUCACUUCCUUCUCCAACUUCUCUGCCUCCUCCUUCUCUCUCCCCCUCCGUUACCGCUCUUCUCUCCCGCUACCUUCCCUCACUCUCUCGUUCCGUCCCACACACUCUUCUUCCCAUGCUUCCCUUUUCAUACCUCUUCGCUCUCCCGUGUCCGCCAUUUUUGCAUCGGCCCACGGCGGCGGGACUGGAGGAGGGCAUGGUGCAGGUCGUGGGGGAGGAAGUGGGGGUGGCGACGGUGAAUCGGAAGACAGGGAUCGCAACCGAGAGGAGGCGCUCCUCGUUCUCGCGGAGGCCGGGCGACCGUUGGAGAAAUUGCCCGCGGAUUUAGCGGCCGCUAUUGAGGCGGGGCGAGUUCCGGGGUCGAUUGUGAAGAGGUUCUUUGAGCUGGAAAAAUCGGCCGUGUUCCGGUGGUUGCUGAAUUUCGGAGGGUUUAAGGAGAGGUUGCUGGCGGAUGAUUUGUUCCUCGCCAAGGUUGGCAUGGAGUGCGGUGUUGGCAUCUUUACGAAGACUGCUGCGGAGUUGGAGAAGCGCAAAGAAAAUUUUAGUAAGGAGCUUGAUUUUGUUUGUGCCGAUGUGGUAAUGGCCAUUGUAGCGGAUUUUAUGCUUGUGUGGCUUCCUGCUCCCACAGUUUCUCUCCGACCACCACUUGCUGUUAGUGCUGGAACUAUUGCUAAAUUCUUCUAUGGCUGCCCUGAAAAUGCUUUUCAGGUGGCUUUGGCUGGAACCUCAUAUACACUCAUCCAGAGAAUAGGUGCUAUAGUGCGUAACGGUGCAAAGCUAUUUGCAGUUGGGACUGGUGCAUCACUGAUUGGUACAGGUGUAACAAAUGCGCUGAUCAAUGCGAGAAAAAUUGUUGAUAAAUCUUUUGCCGCUGAGGCUGAGGAUGUUCCGAUAGUAUCGACUAGUGUUGCCUAUGGGGUUUACAUGGCAGUAUCUAGCAACUUAAGGUACCAAGUACUAGCUGGAGUUAUUGAACAAAGGAUUCUAGAACCUUUGCUACACCAGCACAAGCUUGUCCUGAGCGCAAUUUGCUUUGCUGUCAGAACUGGAAACACUUUCUUGGGCUCACUAUUGUGGGUGGAUUAUGCUCGCUGGGUUGGAGUCCAGAAGAUUCGGGAUUAG